AUGCAAGAUGAGGAUUCCGUACUCAUUCCCAUCUUGGCUACAGAGCUCUUGACUGCUCUUGACUUGAGAUUCCCCUUCAGCAACAUUUUGGAGAUGACUUUCAAUUGUCUCUUUGUUCAUUUUCUGGCAGUAGAAAACACAACCUACUACUACCAAGGCAGCUUUAAAGUGCUGGAUAUCCCACAAAAUAGAAAUUAUGAAAGGGAGACAUCACCAGAAAAUAACUAUUUUAGCAAAAUUCUUGAGACUAAGAUGGUUGAUGCAUUUCAAAGUUCUAGCAUUUACAGACAAUACAUCAAUUCUCAAGUCAUCACACUGGUUCCUGAUGACAACAGUAUGAGAGCACAUAUAUGGCUGAUAUUCAAAGCUCCCAGAUCAAUGAAGGAAAACACAAGAAGGAGAAUCGAAAACAUCUUACGUCAGAUGCUGAGUAAUGACUCAGGAUCCUUGACUACAGAUCCUAAUUCUCUAAGACUCACAGAAAUCAGUAAGGUCGAUGCUGAAAAGAUUAUUAACAGCCGCUGUGGGAGACGAGCAAGGAUGUCAGCUACAUAUGAUAGAAUCAAGGGAGGUUCUGCUGCUCAGGAGGGAGAGUGGCCAUGGCAAGCAACUCUCAAAAGGAAUGGCCGACACAGCUGUGGGGCAUCUUUGAUCAGUGACAAAUACCUGGUGACUGCAGCUCACUGCUUUCAAAAGACACAAAAUCCCAGAAACUACACUGUCAGCUUUGGCACCAGAGUAUAUCCGCCCUAUAUGCAACAUUAUGUUAAAAACAUUAUUAUACAUGAAAGCUACACUCGGGGUGAACAUCAUGAUGAUAUUGCACUUAUAGAGCUCACUGACAAAGUUUUAUUUAAUAAUGAUGUGCAUCGAGUUUGUCUUCCUGAGGCCACACAGAUUUUUCAACCAGGUGAAGGAGUUGUUGUUACAGGAUGGGGAGCACUUUCAUAUGAUGGUGAAUACCCAGUGUUACUUCAGAAAGCACCUGUGAAGAUUAUUGAUACAAACACCUGUAAUGCUAGGGAAGGAUAUUAUGGUUUGGUGACAGACACAAUGCUAUGUGCUGGGUACUUGGAAGGAAAUAUCGAUGCCUGCCAGGGUGACUCUGGAGGACCACUAGUUUAUCCCAAUUCUCGAAAUAUUUGGUACCUUGUUGGAGUAGUGAGCUGGGGCUCAGAAUGUGGUAAACUCAAUAAGCCAGGUGUCUAUAUGCGAGUGACUGCCUAUCGCAACUGGAUUGCCUCCAAGACUGGUAUCUAAGAGAAAAGCAUCUUGUAGAAAUUACCUUAGGUCAUUUUUACCUGUUACUCCUGUCUUAUUUAACAUGCAUUCUAAAUUAGUGUGUAUAAUGGGUUUCAAAAGAAUUGUGGUCCUGAGGGAAUACUUAUGAACUUUAAUUUUAAGAAGACUCUACAAGACAAAACAAGAAAUCUCAUGUUUAGUUGAGAAAGGCCUAAGCAAAGAAAGUACUCUUAUCAAAAACUGACUUUUACUAUUUGUUUUCUAUUUGAUGACCCCACAUCACAGUUAUCUCACCAUAACAUAAAGCUCUUGGUUUUAGGCAUUCAGACUUUAUGGAAUUGUGCUCUUGUCCAUUGCAAGUUACCAGGCAGCGCUGUGAGAGACUGGAACCAACACCUUUUGAGGGGUGGGUUGGAACAUGCUGUUUGGAGCAUCAACUCUCAGGUCAUAGUUUUUGUGGAAGGGGUGUGGCUGUGAACUAAAUCUGAUCAGAAUUUAGGCACUGACUCACAGUCUCUUAUUUGGGGUCUUGAUGAACUCUUGCAGUCAUUGUGAAAGAAUUUCACCAUCAGCAAAAAUGGGCAAAAACAACACAUUUUAGAGGUACAGAGACGAGGUGCACCAAUUCUUCAGUGUUGAUAUAUAUAUUUUCUGUAGAAAUUCCUUAUUUGUAACAUAUAAAAAGAAGUAGCUAUGAGCCAUGAAAAUGUGUAGAGUAUUUUAAUUAAAACAAAUUUAAAAGCAGA